UGUUUUUCAGAUAAGGAGAUAACCACACAACAGUUUAAAGAUGAUGAGAUAUUUAGUGAAAACGCAUAAGAGGCGCUGUAUUGCUCUAUUUGUGAUAGGUACCAUUCUCAUUUAUGUUGCAAUAAACAUAUUCAUCACAUUCCAUACGCGUCACGGAACCAGAAAACCCAGUUUUAUGCAAAAGUAUCUUUAUGCUUCAAAGGUCAAGGUUAAAGGGGAGUACAUGAGGAGUUUAAUAGGUUCCAAAUUUCAGGCAUGUGUUCAUCCAAAUUUGCCGCUAUGGAGUAAAGAAUUCGAAACUUAUUUUGAAAAGGUGGAACCAGUCAAAUGCACCGAGGACACGGAUUGGGUAUACACCGGAAGUGGUAAAUUUUACAUUUCGAGGCGUGCAGUGGAUAAAUAUGGAGAGAUAACAUGUGCAUACGUACCAAUAGUGAACUCAAAUGACACAUUUAGAACUUUAAAACCCAUCGUACCUAUGCUGAAUGGAAGCGCACUUGUCUCUGAUGCAUUCAAAGUUUCGUGUAAAUCUGCAGAUGGAAAUAAAUAUGCAAACAUCCAUGCAUGCAUAGCACCAACAACAAACAGAAUACUACCGGAAGUUACACCAACUUCCGAUAGAUACAAUGUAUUAAUUUUUGGUUUUGACUCACUCUCUCGACAAAUGUUUAUGCGUUUGCUUCCAAAGACUCAUACAUAUUUUACGGAGAUACUGGGUGGUUCCCUGCUUGAAGGUUACAACAUUGUAGGAGAUGGUACCACGCAAGCGUUAUUGCCCUUGUUAACGGGGAAACGGGAAACAGAAAUACCGGAAGUGAGAAGAGGGAAGUCGGGGGCAAGACAUGUUGAUGAAUUGUUAGAUUUUGUUUGGAAACAGUACGAAAAGAAAGGCUACGUAACACAAUGGGCAGAGGACCUUGCAGAUAUCGGCACAUUCAAUUUUAGGAUGCUGGGAUUCAAGGAUCAGCCCGUUAAUCAUUACAUGCGCCCGUUUUAUCUUGCAGCCGCUCCUAUUUAUCCUCAUUUUAACAGAUAUUGCUUAGGUUCUAGAACAAGACACCAGGUUUACCUCGACUGGCUUAAAGAAGGGCUAGAUACUAACAGCGACAAAAACUUCUUUACUUUUGGAUUUUUCUCCGAAUACACUCAUAGCAAUAAUAAUCCUGCAAUACUCUCAGACGAAGAAAAUGUCGCGUUCCUUGAAUAUCUUAGAGGUAAAAACAUUCUUGAUAAAACAUUUCUUAUAGUUAUGAGUGAUCAUGGUACACGGUAUGGAUCUAUUCGCAUGACCGAGCAGGGUAAAUUAGAAGAAAGAAUGCCGUAUUUUGGUGUAUUUGUUCCUCCAGCUUUCCAAACAAAAUUCCCUACCAAGUUUAAAACUUUUCUAAACAACACAAAACGACUUGUUGUACCAUCAGAUAUACACGAAACUCUCUUGGAUAUAAUCGGCGAAUCAAGCACCAAAUCUGAAAUUAAUAGAACAGUAUAUUCUUUGUUUUCACCGAUACCAAAAGACAGGACGUGCGCCGACGCUGCAAUUGAGACACAUUGGUGCGCAUGUCUGAAAUCGAAAGUUGUUUCCGUUUCCGAUCCAGACGUCCUAUCUUCAGUGAAGACAAUUAUAUCACGCAUCAACAAUAUUUUGCGAGGGUUUACUUCUUUUUGCCAUCUGUUGUCACUCCGGAAGAUUAUUAAAUCUGUUUCUUUUGAAACUGAUAGACAUGUAUUGCGGUUCAAGAAAAGUCGAGAUGUUGAUGGUCGUGUUCCAGAUCUUAGCGAUACCUUACUUCCGGAAAUAGUGCAUUAUCAAAUAACGUUUGAAACGGUUCCGGGUAAUGCAGUUUUCGAAGCAACUGCUUUCAUGAAUUUGGUUACUGGCGAUGUUAUUGCAAAUGAAAGAGAAAUAAGCAGAUUAAAUCGUUACAAUGAUGCUCCGAAAUGUAUUGAAAAGUCACAUCCGUCGCUUCGACCCUACUGUCAUUGUAGAUGAUAGUUGAUGAUAGUACUUAGCAUAUAGAUGUAUUUAACUGAAACACACAAAAGGCGUAUAAUGCUCUAUAUUUACAUUCGCCCUAUUCUUUUCCAGUGAACAUUAUGACGUUCAUUUCAUAUGAACAGCAAAAGGAAAGGCGCUAAAUUUACGUCACCGCUGCUUAGUGAUGACCGACCGCUGUUUUGACGACGUCCGCGUAUAGUCAGGGAGAAUGUUCCUUAGAUGACGUCGCAGUUAUUCUGUGUGUUGAACAGAAUGGCCGGGAAGCAGAUUUUAAUGUUAAAUGCCACAAAAUAUGUGCAAUUGAUAAUAUUAUCUUGUUUAAAAAUGGAAAGGAAAUAUUAUGUAAAUAUAAGAAAUGAAACUAUUUUUUCGGUGUUCAUGCGAAAUGAACGACAGAAUAGGAUCGGCAAAUUAAACAUGAAUUGCCGAUCCUUUCUGUCGUUCAUUUCGCAUGAACAACGAAAAAUUAUUUCUGGAGAAGUAGGCGUACCCUGUUUGCGAUAAAAAUUUAAAACAACGAAUGUGCCAUCAGGCAUUGAUAGUAUAAUAAAUAAUUAGAGAAAUAAAAGAGAAAUCAAUGAAAUAUAUAUACCAUUAAAUGACCCAUUUGUUAAAACGUAGAGGCCUUACUAAACCCAAAUUUCAUAUAUGAAAAUAUGAACAAUCAUAUACUACUUAUGAAAACAUACAAUUAGCUAAAUUAAACACAUCUGAAGAGGAUUUUAUACGUUUAAAGUAAAAAAUCUAGAAAUAAAAUAUUUUUGUGAAAGGAUGGACAUUGGAUGUCCUUAAAAAUACUGUUCUUAUAUAAAAAAUGACCAUUAUUCAUACCAUUUCUAGUGAAGUAUUUUAGCAUUUUAUUUAAGUGUAGAUGGAUUUGUUUGUUUGUACGUUUCACACGAGUUUCGAGUCACAUCGACCAAGUUUAUGUCAAAGUCAACUUUUCCAGCUUUUACAAUGGUGGAAACACGGGCCGCCGAUCUAGGUAGAACCACCGACCUUCCGUAAGCCAGUUGGAUGCCUUCAUGGAAAGGAGAAUGAAUUAUACACCUGGAGCGAGGUUUCCAACUCGCAUGGAUAAGAGUCAAUCACAGUCAGUUAUUGUUUGGAUAACUUUAUCUAACUUUAAUAUGCGGUUACAAAUUAUGGCAACUUUUCUGUUAUAUACAUGUACGUAUUGUUACAUAUGUAUUUUAAUGUAAAACCUGGCGAGUUUCAAAUUCCCGUGUGCGGGGAUUGUGACAAUCAAAUUCUAGACUUCUUUUAAAAACAUGUACUGUUAUACUUAUAAUUUGUGUAUAUUAUGUUUUUUUAAAGACUUCUGUAAUUUGAGACGUGGCUGUCGAAGAAACAUUUAAGUAAUUCUGAUACAUGUAUGUGUAUUUUUGUUAAAUGUUUGAUUAUAAAUUGACUGUAUGAUUGUGUAAAUGUAUGAAUGUAUAUGAACUUAAUUGAAGGCCAUACUGGAAAUAAGUUGAAUAAUAUUUGUAUUUGUACACUUAGUAUGUAACCUUCAGAAAAUAAAGUUGUUAUCUUAUCUUAUUUUAGUGACCUUAAGCACUUGGCCACGAAGGUCUCUUUGAGAAUAUGGUUCUGGAUAAAAUUGUUAAACAGGUCGAGGAGCUUUACUCCCAUGUCUUAGAACAUGAAAAUGAAAAAGCAAUAAAAAUGCUAAAAAAAUAUAAUAAUAUGUCAUCUUAAGUUUUCUCAAAUUUUUGAUGAUAUUAUGAAUGAAUCACAACUCAUGUUCCUGUGUUUUGUAAGUUGUUUAAUUCCAUUUCAGAUUCUGGCAUUUUCCCAGACAAUUAUGGAGUGAAGCUCAUAUUUUAUCAUUCAAUGGUAUAAAAAUAAAGAUGUCAAUUAUCCAGAAAACUGACAAGGAUUUAAAGUAUUGUUUUGAUCAGUUGUUUAUUUAAGAAAUAAUUCAUAGCAAAAGAGU